AUGGCCUUCAACAAAAAAUAUGCCGGUCUCCCUGACCUAGAUCCCGCCCCGGAUAUCUACGAAACCCCUGACCUGACCGACGAGGCAUCCACCAUUCCCACCACUACUGUCCGUACCGAAUCCGAACAUGACGAUGCAGGAUUCAGCUCCGACAUUGACCGCGAAGGCGUCAACGCGGACCAGGCGCGUAUGCACUUCAUGGGUUCCGCUGUGGACGCCCGCGACGUCAAUUUUUCCGACAGCAUUUCCUCAAAACGCCAAGCCUACCGCAGUAAGAGCAAGAACCGGCGCCGGCGCCGUGUUCGUGAAGAUGGUACCGAGGAUCUCGGCGACUUUAGCGACGAGGAUGAAUCGGUCGAGCGGCGGCUAGCACGCUUGCGCCGAGAGGUUGAGGAACUGAAGGUUGAGAUGGAGAAUGAGGCAUCUGCUGGAAAUGACGAUAGCGUCGAGAGUGGAACAAAACAAAGUGCUGCUACCGAGAAGUCGACGGAAAGUGCAUUGGGCGACGGUGUUGCGGAGUUGAGCCGCGCGCUGGAUAAUCUGCAUGCUUCUUCGAGAGGUGGACAGACUAUUCCACACUCUGCUGCUGCAAUGCUGUCCCAGAAAUUAGGAUCUGAGAACAGUUCUACGCAAAUUUCACCAGGCCAGCAACCCCCGGCUGGUGCUUCAAUGGGAAUUUCAAGCUCCUCAAACCCCUUCGUUGGAGAUGGCAUCAGCGAGCCUGCAUUGCAACCUGUGCUGCCAUCCCUCGACCAGCUCACAUCACGACUCUCCGCCCUUACUGGUCUUCUCGUGGGAACGAACCCUACGGCUGGUGGCCCGAGUGCUGUACCUGGCUUGACCACACCACAUCUUGAAGCUCUUUCCACGAGAGUUCGCAAGCUCACCACUGAUGCCGAAGCCCUCGCAUCAGCGCGAAAACGCGCUGUCGACGCUGCCAAGGCUGCUCAAGCUGCGCGAAUUGCUUCAUCUGGCUCUGAUGCCGAAGGUGCUCCUACCGCGGACGGCUCUAAUCCAUCUGACGAAGACCAUGCAUCCAAGAUUCAAGCUCUCUACGCAACACUUCCCACCAUCCAAUCUUUGCAUCCAUUACUACCCAGUGUUCUAGAGCGUCUCCGUUCUCUUCGUGCCUGUCACGCAGGUGCCGCCCACGCCGCUGAGUCGCUUGAUGCGCUCGAGAAACGCCAGGCUGAAAUGAAUUCCGAGAUCGCGCAGUGGCGGGAAGGUCUCACGGCUGUGGAGGAGAAGAUGCGUCAGGGCGAAGCUGCGCUCAAGUCGAAUGUCGAGACUGUGGAGCCCUGGGUGCGUGAUCUAGAGACUCGCAUGGCACGUCUUGGUGGCCCACCGGGAUCGUUGUGA